GUGGGAAAACACUCAUUUAGCUCAGCUUUUUAUGAUCACUGCAGUUUCUUCAGUGGCUUCCCUGUUGCUGGUUCUCUGUGAGAAAUGGCGGCUCCAGAACAGCCGCUGCCGAUGUCGAGAGGCUGCCAGAGCUCUGCUUCGCUUUCUCCGCCGCGGGGCGACCGAACCCUUCUAGUGAGGCACCUGCCAGCCGAGCUAACCGCUGAGGAGAAAGAGGACUUACUGAAGUAUUUCGGAGCGCAGUCCGUGCGCGUCCUGUCCGAUAAAGGGCGACUGAAACAUACAGCUUUUGCUACUUUCCCUAAUGAAAAAGCAGCUAUAAAGGCAUUGACAAGACUUCAUCAACUGAAGCUUUUAGGUCAUACUUUAGUUGUUGAAUUUGCAAAAGAGCAAGAUCAAGUUCAUUCACCAUGUCCUUCAAGCACUGAAAAAAAGAAAAAGUCUGAUGAUACUGUGGAAGAUGAUAAAGAAAAGAAAGAACUUGAUUGUUUAACCAUAGAAAAUGGAAUUGCACCAAACCAUGGGCUGACUUUUCCUCUAAAUUCAUGCCUCAAGUAUAUGUACCCACCACCUUCAAGCACGAUUCUAGCAAACAUAGUAAAUGCUUUGGCAAGUGUGCCUAAGUUCUACGUACAGGUGCUUCAUCUUAUGAAUAAAAUGAAUUUGCCCACACCUUUUGGACCAAUUACUGCAAGGCCUCCCAUGUAUGAAGACUAUAUGCCACUACAUGCUCCUCUUCCACCUGCAUCUCCUCAGCCACCACAGGAACCUCCUUUGCCAGAUGAGGAUGAGGAAUUAUCUAGUAAAGAAUCAGAAUAUGAAAGCAGUGAUGAUGAAGACCGUCAGAGAAUGACCAAACUAAUGGAACUAGCAAAUCUUCAGCCCAAAAGACCAAAAACAAUAAAGCAGCGCCAUGUGAGAAAAAAGAGAAAAAUAAAGGAUAUGUUGAAUAUACCAUCAUCUGCUUCACACAGCAGUUUACAUCCAGUGUUGUUACCUUCGGAUGUAUUUGACCAACCACAACCUGUAGGUAAUAAAAAAAUUGAAUUCCAUAUAUCUACCGACAUGUCAGCUGCAUUUAAGAAAGAUUUAGAAAAAGAACAAAAUUGUGAAGAACAAAAUUGUGACUUACCUGCUUCUGAAGUUGAUGCAUCCAAUAUAGGAUUUGGAAAAAUCUUCCCAAAACCAAAUUUGAGCAUCGCAGAGGAGAUUAAAGAAGACUCUGAUGAAAUGCCAUCAGAAUGUAUUUCUAGAAGGGAGUUGGAAAAGGGCAGAAUUUCUAGAGAAGAAAUGGAAACACUUUCAGUUUUUAGAAGUUAUGAACCUGGUGAACCAAACUGUAGAAUUUAUGUAAAGAAUUUAGCUAAACAAGUUCAAGAAAAGGACCUUAAAUUUAUUUUUGGAAGAUACGUUGACUUUUCGUCGGAAACACAACGCAUAAUGUUUGAUAUACGCUUGAUGAAAGAAGGUCGCAUGAAAGGACAAGCUUUCAUUGGACUUCCAAAUGAAAAAGCAGCAGCAAAAGCAUUAAAGGAAGCUAAUGGAUACAUUCUUUUUGGAAAACCUAUGGUGGUUUUUGCUCGAUCUGCUAGACCAAAACAAGACUCUAAAGAAGGAAAAAGAAGUGUUAAAAAUUGGUAAAGAAGCAUUCCUGCGUAAAUACUGCUGUAAUACUGUCAUACAAAGUGUAUCCUUUCUUGUCGUAUCCUUUUUGGGGCAGUGCUUUUUGGAUUUUCCUGCAAGUGUUUUGUCUCUCCCCAACCCAUUGAUCCAGUUUAAGCAAUAAUUUUUUUACAAUGUAUUGAAAUGAAGUAUUUUAAAAUUGUGUUGAUUGAACAAAUCUUUUAUAUGGUUUUUAGAUUUGUUGCUGAAUUUUCUGUGCUGUCCUUUAGGUUAUGUAGUUUUGCCAGGGAAAGUUAGUGAAUCAGGUCAGCUUUUUACUUGGACAAGGUAUACAUUUGCUUUAACACAAAUUUUAUUCUUGUUUCUUCUAUUUAUGUAUUUUCUAAACCUAAUUCAGUAACAUAUAUGUUUUCUUUUUCAUGAUGUAUCUAGUUUAGGUGUUCUGUAUAUAUAAUGUGUUGUAAAAUUUGAUUGGGUUUUUUUUUCCUAUUAAAAAGUACAUUUGUUGAAAAUUUAAAUAACUGGAUUUCAAUGUAAAUUCCAAAUAAGAGUAGCAGACCUUACAUCUGAGGUUUUAUUAUUGAGAUAGCAAGUAGAAGUAUCUUUUUUCCUCUUUCUUUUUCUAAGCAAAGUAAAACAAAAGGAAUAAGAAAAGAGUAACAGAGAGGAGAAGACAUAAUGUUGACUCAGGGUAGCUCAAUAAGUGGAAAGAAAAAUUCUGGUAGGUAUGUAAGAGCAGUGGUUUCCAGACUAGUUGAUAACCAGAACCACCUGAACAGUGGUUCUCAGUUUUGGCUGCAUAUUGGAAUGACUUGUGGAACUUUUUAAAAAAAUACUGACUAAAGAAAACAAUAAUAAUAAACUAAAAAAUAUACUGAUGCCUGGGUUUCUCCCCCAGAGUUUUGAUUCAGUGGUCUGGAUUGCCGCAUACAUAUUAGGAUUUUCAGAUCUCCCAAAGUAUUGGUUCUAAUGUGCAACCAAGGUUGAGAACCACUGAGGAAGAAUUUUUACACGUAAAGAUUCCUGCACUCUGCCCUAGAGCUAAUAAAUCAGAAUCUCUGGAAUCGGGACCAAGAAUCUAAUUUAAAAAGGUCCCUCAGUAGUUCUAAGGACUGACCAGUUUGGAUUCUACUUGUUAGAUUAAAAUGGUAAGGUGGAUCCGAGACACCAACCUAACCAUCUAAACUUUUAUAAGUAGGAAAAUAAAGCAUUGGAGCCCUUUACAUUUCUUUCUUGCAAAUCCUGCUAUAAAUAGUACGAUGAAACCAAUGAAAAAUUCUGUUAAUCAUUGUCACUCUGAGUACAAAAAGUUAGAGAUACUGAAAUUGCUGUUACUUUUUUCUAUUGGCACAGUUAAAAUGUUUUAUUUUUUAAUGUUAUAAAUCAGUUUCUGUGUAAGCUGUUUAUUUAGACAAUUAAAAUUUUGUUGUACUGACAUGAUUCACUAAUUUUCUAAAUAUAAAUGUUUUAGCUUUUAGUUAUUUUAAAACUAGUGAACUGUUUUAUAAUCAUGAUUACUUUUAAUGAAUUUUUAUGGUAUUUUAGGUUCCAUUUGAAUUUUUCAUAUCUCUCAAGUGCUUUCCAACUUUGUGGAGACGAAAUUGACCACCUGGACUAUGGAACUAAGUUGAAGAGGAGGGAAAACUUUCUGACUGAUUCCUUGGGACCAAUAUUACCCUGAUAUCAAAGCCAGACAAAGACACUGCAAGAAAAGAAGACUACAAGCCAAUAUCCCUUAUGUUCAACACUGAUGCAAAACUCAACAAAACACUAGCAAACCAAAUUCAGGAGCCUAUUAAAAGGAUUAUACAUCACGACCAUGAGGGAUCUAUAUUGGAAUGCAAGGAUGGUUCAACAUAUGAAAAUCUAUCAAAUCUAAAUGAAGGACAAAGACUACACAAUCAUCUUAAUUGACACAGAAAAGCAUUUGACAUAAUUCAACAUCCUUUAUGAUAAAAACAUUCAACAAACUGGGAACAGAAGGAAACUACCUCAAUAUAAUAAUAUUCUUAUGAAAAACUCACAGAGAACAUCAUACUCCAUACUGAAAGGCUGAAAGCAUUUCCUCUAAGAUCAGAAACAACUCAAGGAUGUCCACUUUUGCCACUUCUGUUCAACACAG